AAGCGUCUAUAUUUCUCAAGCACACGUGCCAAUCCUUACGUUUUAAGUCGACAUGGUGAUGACGACUUGCGUACAGCAUGUUUAAAAUUUUUUAUUUUCAUGUAUACACAAAAGAAAAAUUUCCGAAAGUACCAUUGCGGGAGGCUUAUUGUAAUGCCCUAGAAUUUCGAACAUUAGAAGAAUUAGACAAUAUAGCCGUAGACAUUGAUGCAAUGCGUGACCUUGUUAUUGGAAAUAAGAGUGCAACACAAUUUGAUAUAAUCAUAUUUCCUGAUGCUUCCGUUAUCAAGUUUCUAUUGGAUUGUGGCGUGAAUGUAAAUGGAAAAAAUGAAAUAAAAUCUACUCCUUUGCAUAUCGCUGCUCAACCCUAUAAUUUCAAUAAUGAGAUAAUUUUUUUACCUCUAAAUAAUGGUGCGGAUCUCGACCAACCAAACAAAUCGGAUGAGCGUCCUUUCAAUUUAAUUGCCAGCAAUCCUGCUAACACUGUCUCACUGAUGAAUUAUAUUACCCUUAAAUGUUUGGCUGCCACCGUCAUCAGCAGGUAUCGCAUACUGUGUAAGGAGGAAAUACCCAAAUGCCUAGAGUUUUUUCUCAAACAUUACGAACCCUUAAUAAUGUAA